AUGAGGAACAACUGGGCAAGGUCAACUAUAGGAACACCUGCCUUUGUAGAACUUGAUAAGGCUCGUGCACCAUCUCACACCAUCAUCGACGAAAGCCUAAAGGGUAGUUAUCUUGUGAUGGACAACUGCACCACUCAUAAAUUACAUCCCAUGAUUAGAAAAAUUGAGGGCAGAGGAUACAGAGUCAUGUAUUUGCCUCCGUUAUUCACCAGAGUUGAACGCAAUCGAAAACUUUUGGGCUAUUGUAAAAAGAAAAAUGAAGCGCAAGGACCUAAUGACAGAGGAGACUCUAUCUCAGAGGAUCGUUGA